CUCCGGGCGCUGCGGGGCCGGGCCGGGCCGUGCGGGGCUGGGGCCGCGCCGGGGCCGCCCCCGCCAUGUCGGUGAACAUGGAGGAGCUGCGGCACCAGGUGAUGAUCAACCAGUUCGUGCUGGCGGCCGGCUGCGCCGCCGACCAGGCCAAGCAGCUGCUGCAGGCGGCACACUGGCAGUUCGAGACAGCCCUGAGCGCCUUCUUCCAGGAGACCAACAUUCCCAGCAGCCACCACCCCCCCCAGAUGAUGUGCACCCCCAGCAACACGCCGGCCACGCCGCCCAACUUCCCGGACGCGCUGGCCAUGUUCUCCAAGCUGCGGACCUCGGAGAGCCUCCAGAGCAGCAACAGCCCCAUCACCUCCAUGGCCUGCUCCCCCCCGGGCAGCUUCAGCCCCUUCUGGGCCUCCUCGCCCCCCAGCCACCAGCCCGCCUGGCUGCCCCCGUCCUCGCCCACCACCCACGGCCUCGCCCACCACCUGCACCACCCGCAGCCCUCCUGGCCCCCUGCCCCCCCGCCUGCAGCCCCCCCACAGAAAGCCGUGGCCACCAUGGACGGCCAGAGAUAAGACUGGGGUUGGAGGAGGGUUGGGGGGAGGGUUUGAGGGAAGGGGGAGGGGGGUCUGGGCCGCCGGGGCGUUGGGAGCAGGGGCUCGCCAAGAAACGCACUGGAAUAAUUUUCUAGGUUUUAUUAUUAUUUUUAAGGGGGGGGGUUGGAGCAUUUGCUGCUGGGGAGGGCACCAGCCUCUGAGUGCCUCUGCAAGAGUCGCUGGCUGGUCUUUUCUCCUCUCCUCCCCCCCUGUUUUUUUUUAAAUAUAUAACUAUAAUAUAUAAAUAUAUCUAAUGUAUAUAAAUCCAGAGAGAAGGAGUAGCAGUGUGGAGGCAGCUGCUGGGUGUCUGGGGGGACGUUUCCCUAUGGCUCUACCCCCACCUGGCAUCCCUACAUCAGGGCAGGAGAGGGAAGGGGGGGGACAGGAAUAACAAAAAUGAAUGGAUGGAGGUGGCUGUCAGCACCCCACAUCACGGCCAUGGGGACACAGAGCCACUGGACACCCUUCUCCCCCCAGCUCUGGAUUUCCUGGACACUUGUCACAGUGCCCAGAGCAAACCAGCCUCUCCUCUGGCUUUGAAAUUCAGCCCAGCUUCUUGCACAGACCCCACCUGGACUUCCCCUCAACCCCAUCCUUCCUCCUUCCCUCAGCACCCCCAGGGCCUGGGGAAUUAUCGAGGUGAUGCCCCCUCCGUCCCUGCAACUGCCAUACAUGGCCCUUCCCCAGGGAGAGUUGGGGGGUUGGGGGGGGUUUUUAGUUUUCAAAUCAAUCUUGCUUAAAAAAAAAAAAA